UCUGUGAGAGAAGCUAAAUCUGGUGGUGAACGGUGGUUGUGCAAUGAGAGUGACCAGCCACUCUAAGUACAACACUGUGAAUAGUUUCAUCAAAUAGUUACACAGUUAUGUUCUAAAAUCAACUCCCUGAACACCAAUUUCUAAUUUCAAAUGGAUUGGUUUUUUCAACUCUCUGUGGCUAUCUUCAUUGCGUUCGUAAUCGCAUUCAGAGCUCACCGGAAGAAAUCCCUCAGCAAUUCUGGCGCUAUUGCAGGGUUCUUCGUCAUGGCUCUUCACAUUUUUGUGGGAUACAGGUUUGGGGCUGUGCUGCUUGCCUUCUUCUUUUCUUCGUCCACUCUCACAAAGUUUGGAGAGGAUAAGAAGCGAACACUCGAUCCUGAAUUCAAACAAGGUGGACAAAGAAACUGGAUACAAGUUCUGGCCAAUAGUGGCAUUGCCUCGGUUCUGGUUAUAGCUAUAUGGGUGCUUACUGAAGGCCAGGAUAAAUGCUUGAACUCUAAAGACUCACCUUUGAUCACGGCUCUCAUUGGUGCUGUUAUCGGCCAUUAUUCCUGUUGCAAUGGGGAUACUUGGUCUUCGGAGCUUGGAAUUCUCAGUGAGGAUAAGCCCCGUCUAAUCACAACCUUCAAGCAUGUGAAGAAAGGUACAAAUGGUGGUGUGACAAAAACAGGAAUUCUCGCAGCUGCAGCAGCUGGAAGCGUGAUUGGAUUGUCAUUUGUUCUUCUGGGUUUCUCAACUACAAGAUGUGAAUCCAGUGCAGCUUUUAAGCAACUACUGGUCUUACCCAUUGCUACCCUUGCAGGACUAUGUGGAAGUCUCAUUGACUCUCUCUUAGGUGCAACAUUACAAUUCAGUGGAUUUUGUUCUGUUCGCCGCAAGGUUGUUGGAAAGCCAGGACCAACAGUGAAAAAGAUUUCUGGUUCCAAUGUUCUUGACAAUAAUGCAGUGAAUUUUGUAUCAAUACUGCUGACCUCAUUUUUUACCGCAAUCGCUUGUUGGUACAUUUUCUGAAGUCAUCAAAAGAAGCUAUUGUGGCCAAAAGGUCACAGAGUUCAAAAACUUGUGACUCUGGUGUUAGACUGUUAGUUCUGUAUUCUCAUUCGUCUAAUGUGGAUUGCAUCAACAUUUGAUUCACAACCGUGUCUGAUUCUAGAGCACACGACAUUUUUAGCAUAUGUUAGUUUAUUAUUUAUAGUCCAUAUCAAACAAACAAUGGUUGGUUAUUGUGGUGCACCUAGUAUUGAUGUAUAUAGCUAGAAUAGGUUUAACGAGAUAUAGCAGAACUCGUCCGAAUGUGGAUCAACACAAAACUUCAUUUCAACAACUAAAUUGUUAUGAGCCCAAUUAUAA